AUGAGUAGCAGAGAGUAUAAGAAAGCCGUAGGCAGAAACAAUGCUUUCGAAGGAAACUUACAGAAGAACUUGGAUGACAUCGAAGGCCAAAGGAAUCGUUUUAUCCGUUCGCAGAGGGAAAAGAAGUUGAAAUUCAUACAUAAAGUAUCGUCACUACCGAAGCUUCGUCUUCCGCUGCGCAAUGCGACCGAGGAAAACAUAGCUAAAAGUCCUGCAGCACUUUCUCGACAUCUCUCUCUAGAUGAUUCGACUCUGAGCGAGCUUCAUGAAAAACGAUUAGCUGCAGAGAAAAGGUUUUCUAUACCAUGUUUGACAACAUCUUUUACAGUAACACAAGACAGCAGCGCUUUAAAGAAGCUUGGAAGCGGGCGAGAAACCAACAACAACGGGACUGUUUCCUUAGAAUCCCACGCCAUUUUGACCAAGUCACCGCAAACGCGAAGAAUCUUGUUAGAUCGACAGCUGUCGUUGCCAGAAUCAUUGAACACAGCUUUCGAAUCAGGUCAUAGCCUUAGCGAUGGUAUGACUGGUGGUCACAAUGUCCCGCGCAUUUCAGAAGUGGGUGUCCGGCGAAAUCUGAUGGUUUCUGCCCCGUUUGUCUCUCUGGGAACACAGCUCCGUCACUCGCCUCUCUUGCAAAGAAAGCAGCGUUCCAUGUCUUUGGAUCCUACUGAUCUAGGACAGCAGCAGCAGAGUGUAUCGUUACCCGGUUCUCCUUGUUUUCGUCGGCGCCGUGCUCAGACGUGGAACCCAGAAAAUCAACAGUGGAAAGAAAUGCGUGCAGAACUGGGGAGACUACGUUCAUUGGGUAUUAACAGUGAGGAAACCUCUAUAGCUGGACAAAAACGGAUUGAGUCUAGUUUUGGACAGUUAAAUUUAGUCGAGUCAAUUCAAGGACAGAAGGAUGUGUCCGGCGCAGAACUGUGUAUGAGCCAACCCGGGAGAUCCGAGGAUGCUGCAGUGAACGCCUUGAAGAAAGGAAUUUGCAAACCCAGUGGUAAAGUAAGUUUUUUAACAUUUGUAACGGAAUAUUAAGAACGCAUAUCCCCAAAACGGCGGCUUCUUGAUCCUGUCUAAAAAAUUCCUUGAAGAAUUCAGAUAAGCUCAAUUUGGAAGCCGAUUUCUUUCUAGUGUGCUUUUAAAUUCGGUUCGACUCCACAGUAAUGGGUCUUUGCUGCCUUCGCCAAAUUCAAUGAGUGAUUUUGUUCCAAACGACAUACGUCCUCCCUACAAUCUAUGUCAAGUCAGCAAAAAUUUGCAUACAUAACAUUUCAAAUGGUAUCGCUUUUUUAACAGUAGCUCUGCGUUAUUACAUGGUGUUUUACUUGAAACUUUUGGUUUAUAGUCUUAAACGUUUCUAAAAGUGGCGAGACGUUACUUGUUCUAUUGGACAGGUCCACUGCGCAUAAUUCGACCACAUGCUUGGCUUCUUAAAAUAGUUUUACUUUUGCGGAGUACACGGUACGCCUUGCUGCCUGGUGCCACCUUACUUCUCAGUUAUAACUGGGUGUCUCAUAACUCAGUAAUGAACGAUACUCUGUGCCCUUCCACAAACAACCAACGGUGGUUGUUUGGUUACUAAGCAGCACUAUAGUUUGGCCUGGAAUAAACUUUUACAAACGUACUCUCCAGCCACCCUGCGCGCGCGCUGAGUGUAUACUUUUAACGUUUUGAAGAGGCUCCUUUGAAGCAUCAAUUGCAUGUUGAUCAUGAUUUGAAUUGAACACGAGUCUAAAUAAGUUUGUAAGUUUUUGAAACUAAAGCGUUUACAGCUUCGACCGCUCUGAGGAUCAUGGUAAAAGGUCUCCAGAGCAGAUACGUUUGUAAAGGGAUUUGCAUCGUGAAUGUCUUGUGGACCGCUGGAAACACUGAAGUUUGUAACAGUGUGGUUACAAACUUAAACUCAUUCGUAUGGACAUAGCUUGCAGUCGUAGCAGCCGUAACGUCGGGUCGAUGACGGCUUAUAAAUCUAAAGUCGGAGAAGGCAUCAGUAGACUCUCUGGAUUCUCGGCCACUUACAGAUGGCGAGCAAUGACUUGCUAGCUUAAAGUAAAAUUUUAGAACAGUGUAUGUCAGACGGGUUUGUACAGAUUAUUGGGCCUAAUAGUUGAUAAUUUCAACAAAACUCAUGGUCUUUGUGACUAAGAGAUAUAACCUUGAAGUUAUGAAUAUAUGAAAACCAUUUAUGUGUGUGAACUGCGGAGUGAAGAAUUGAUGAUCAUCGCAGUUAUAUACGCAGCUUUUGCAGUUGCAAAAAGAAAGCCUGAAAAAAAUUCAGGCUUGUACGGGAUUCGCACCCUUAUCUCUGAGAUACCGGUGCAGCGCUCUACCAGUUAAGCUAACAAGCCCAAGCCAGCUGGGAGCAGGUCGUUGAUCGAAUUGGUUCGUUAUAAACCCGUUAAAGGAUGAUGAUGAAGUGAACUUAUGAGCACAAACCCAGUUCUAGCCGACAAUGAUUAUAAUGAUUAUUCGAAUAACUUUAAUCGUGUUGAAAAUUUUGCUUGGACACUACUUGAUAUCAAAAAUUCGAGCACGAGUUUAACCCUUACACACUCAAAACAAAAUAUCAGGUGCGUGAAAAGUCAGAAUUUCGAAAAAAAACAAACAAACUAGCGCCGUGUGAAAGUUCUGACUAAGAGAAGAUUCAUUUGAAAUGAUACGUAUUCACCACUAGGAAAUGUCCACAGACUCCAAACUUAGAGUGCAUUUUUCUCCAUAUUUGAUUUUAUGAUUUGAAAAACAAAAUUAACUUACUUUAGCGGGCUUUUUUAGAUUUGAAUCUUUUUCAUCCAGAAAAUUUUGCAGCAAUAAAGACAAAUUAGAGACAACACAUUUUUGUACAUUCAAUAGGAAAAGUUUAUAUAAGAAAUGUAAGAACUUACUCUGAAUAAAGUAAAUAAUCAUUCAUAAAGAUAAUUCAUACCUUCAAUCCAUUGUAAACUCACUCAAAGGUUGUUUUGCUGAUUUUCACACUAUUGUUCUGGUAACAAAAGCAUACUUAAAACCUAAGUCUUAAUGACUUCUGAUCUGUGCUUAUAAACCUCUUCUAAACAAUUCGACUAGAGUUAUUUGCUGCAAUAAAUUAGCCACGAAGUAUAAAUGUGUGGAUCCAUGUAACCACGAGACCCAGCAAAAGUUCAUCAUGGCUCACGGUUAUUCCUUUCAGGAGCUAGCUAAAAAAGACGCGAUAUACAUUGAUAAAGUAAAGAAAGCCUUGGAUAAAAAUUCAACCUACGAUAUUGAACUAAAGAAAUCUUUGUCGUGUCUACAGAAAGAGCGAAGAAGUUUUAUUAAUACCUUGAGCAAGGAGAAGCUCGAUUUCGUAAAAAGGAAAUGCAAACUGCCAUCUAUCCGCCUUGCUCAAUCUGGGCGUGAAAGAGAAAAUGCGCAGACAAAAAUUGCCGAGUUUUGUUGUGAUGUGUGGUCAAAGGACGCUUCAAAACGGCGUGCCGACUCCCCAGUAUCGGAAUUAAGAUGCAGCAGCUCAGCGUCCAGCAAAGAUAUGAACUCAUUUCUUCGUGAAAAGAGCGCUCUUUCUGAAAGUGGUUCUACAAUAAAAAGGAAUGGUUCCUUGGACCAACCACGGAUUGCCUGGCUCUCAAAAGACGCGGAAAACAAAGGCUCUGCCACCGAUCGAACUAACUCGCCGUCUUUAGAAUGCCCGCCUCAACGUUCAUCGCCCUCACCUCAUUCAGUUUAUUUUCGUUCGCUUGAACAAACAGAUUUAGAACGGUGUCGUUCGCUUCCCGGCUCACCUUGUGGCAGGCGACGCGCUAACACGUUGGACACGCCAAGAAACUUGAGUCAUGCUAAGAGUUUUGAUAACUUGAAGAGGCCUGUUGAGCGCUCACAGUCUACACCGUUACGAGAUCCAAGGCCUCGCGCCGAGUCGACACCUCCUGAUUUUGAGGUAAGUUUUUUUUUAGAGAAAGCUCUGACUCUCACCAGAGAACAAACAGAAAGACAGGAUUGAAGUUUAUGCAUCAACUGGAAGGCUUAAGGCAACAUGAUUAGAUCAUGACGGGUGAAAAUUGUCCGAUCUUAGUAGACAUGCGUCACUGAGCGAAAACGCUGGUAUCAUCUUCUUGUCGUACAAUUCAGCGAGUAAUCAGGCGAGUACAAUGAGUUUAAAUGUCGAUUUACGUGCCCUAUUACCCUUGCCUGGAAUUGUGCGAUACGAAUUCCCAUCAGCAAUCAAUUGUGUCAAUAACAGAAUGAGGAGGGUCUGAAUGGGGUGUAGUGUUUAGUGUUAUUUGCGCCAAAGUUUUAGUAUUUGCUGUUAAAUUGGCCAAUUUUUUAAUGUUUACUGUUUUUGAAGAAAAUACUGUUAAGUGUUUGGACGGUUCUUCGGACAUCUUCAGCAGUGGCGGACCUCUUCGUUAGUCUUCGGAAAUCUUCGACAAUCUUCGGUAGCCUUGGGAAAUCUGAAAUAAAUUGUUGUCAAAUGGCCGAAAACUCUUGAUAUACUAAACAAAAUAAUAUUGUCCUUUUUAGAGCCGUUUUUGCUUCUUUCUGGAACAAAUUUACAUUUUCGAACAAUUUUUUACUGUUGGUUAAAAUGCCCAUAAUUUAACUGUUUCAUGUUACAAAGCCAAAAAAUUAGGGCAUCUCAGUUUUGGAAUAUUUAGUAGAAUAUUGUACAAAACGAUUGUUAUUACAUCAGCUUACAGCUUCCUUAAUUUCGUUUAGUAAAAUGUUUCCUUUAAUUCAGUGCUAUCUAACAGAAGAGUGUUUUUUAAUACUUGAAUUGAGGUUCAGUUAAUUUUCCCACCUCUCGAUUACCUCGCUUGGGGCAUUGCCCGUAAUACAAAUAAAAACAGCCUCAAUGGUGUCAAACCCGUAAGAAAACAUUUCUACAUAGUCUGAAAUGUCUGCCGUUUCCACUCCCUUACAGCGUGGGAAAGGCUGGCAUUUCAGACUAUUUUCACGGAUAAAAAGUUGCCCAGUUGUUUGGUUACUGGCCGUUCUUUGAACUUUCUAAAAAAAAAAUCCGAUCCUACCAAAGUUCUCCGUUAAAGAUUUUUAUAGCCAGCAUCAUAAGCCUUCUGAGCAGCACUUGCUGCGUAAACGAAAGUUCCUUUGCGUGGCCUUUGCCGGCGUUUCGUCACCGAACUUUAUCGACAGUGAAGGCCUGGAAAAGCGUUGUACAGGGAAAAACAUUCAGCGAAACGGUGGCUUAACCAGCUAUGAUUUUCUCUCCUAAGCUGUUCGAGUGUGGCGCGCGCCUAGAGCAGGAGGUAUGGAGACUAGCUCUGGCUGUCUUCUGAUGCUGGUGGCUCUGCGUUAAACCUUUAAGCUGCCACAAGCAAUCAACAACAUUUCCGCUACGCAGCUCCCGGGUGUACGUUAGGAGCAAUACAAUUGUGAUGACUAAAUGUUUGAUAAAUACCGAUUUAUUUCUUAACUUGGCCAGUUACUAAUUAUUUUUUUCAUUCAAGGAGGCAAACAAUUCGUUGAUGUCGCCGCGAGCCCCUCUGUCACCUCGGAUAAGACGGUUGCGGCUGGCAUCUUUUCAUGGUACAGGAGCUGGCCAAUCAGAAGGUUCUCAAGAUGAUCCACUGGAGCUUCGCUUACCAAGGCUUCAACACUCACGAGGAUCUCUACCGGGGACAUCGAGAGAAGGACAAGAAAGGCAGAAACGUCGAUUUCACGUCAUGGCCCCAGAAAAACUUGCCAUCGAGUUAUCUCCACGGCAGGAAGAACUAAGCCAUCCAAAUAUUUCACCCAAACUUGUGGAAAAGCAGCAUCAUCCUGCAGGUGUCGUGGGAAACGAGUAUUUCAACGGACGGUCUACAAAAACUGAUUUUGUUAAGGAAGGUGCAGAAUUUGGAGAAACGCCAGUAGUACAAGGUGAUGGUCAGUUUGGGUGGUAUACCAAUGACGAUGAUCAGGAAGCGAGUGGCAGUGACGAAGGCGAAAACGAAGAAAACCCGUUCACUUUUCAAGUCAAUGAAAAGAAGAUUCACUCUAUGGAAGAGAUUCAAUACACCCGCUACCUACGUAUGAAAUCUCCGAAUCACUGGCUGCCAAAGAUGGGAAAAGUUCCGCUAAAUUUGCUUUCGUCAUCCAUCAUUGUCGGGCACACAAGGUUACCUUACGAAACUGUGUCUUCCAACCAAGACGAAGAAGAAGAUGAAGGUGAAGAUGAACAGAAUAGCGUUGAAGAGAAAGACAUCUCCAAGACUGGAGAUGAUGUUAAGGAGUCACAGAAAGUGAAAACAGAAAACGAGGAGUUUGAAGACAAAGAAAUUGACCUCGAUUACUCACAAAAUUAG